CAGUACAUAUCGUGCGUUCUGCUUGGCAGGUGGACGACUCCUCGAGUUUUGCCAAAUUCUCCUCUCGAUAAUAAGUUUUCUAAAACUUUUGCCGCACGUGUGACUUUUUGAGCGAAUACCGCCGCCGUUGCGGAGAGCCAAAGGAGGAGUCGUUUUCGAGUCUUGCGAAAGAGACGAGAGGCACGAGGUGCCCGCGGUGCAUGUAUAGUAGUGUAUACAUGUAACGUGUACGUAUAGGCGGUGCGGUUCACGUAGAUAGAGUCUGCCUUCUCGAUGCUAUAGCCACGCGUAUCUCGAUAACCCCUAUAAUAGGUGUAUUACGUCGAUUAUUACGGGGAAGAAACACACGUGGGUUUCGCAAUAAUACAUCUUGCAUUUUGGCUUGACAUCCGUGUGACUGAAGACUGCUAUAAGUGGGGCUCUCAGCCAUCUAGUGGGCUAAUAGUGGCAAUUUUUCCUGCGAGCGCAUGUGACGAUUAUAAAAUAGCUGACAGAGGAGAAUUUCACAACGUGCUGCACCGCAUCUGCCUCUUCUUCUCUCGUAGUGUCACACGUCUACGACCAUUGGAAAGCCAAGAUACAAAAUAGAGUUAUGUACUCGCGUUACAUACCGUCACGUUUCUUGUUGCCACUGGCUCAACGACGGAGCGCAAGCUCCUCGUCCACGAGCAGCUACUAUCAUCAGCAGUUGAGGCGACGACAUUUCGGAGACAUGUUUCACUGCUUCUUCUGCCGAACAAGGCUAAGGGAGCACGGGGCCCAAUUGGCACGACUCUGCGCCAGGCAGUUUGAAUUCGUCGCCGCACAGCGUGUCAGGCGUAGCCUGCAGAUAUUUCAACUCUACUCCAAGAUCUGGGACGAAGUCGCACUCCGCGAAUUCGCCAGGUCGUGGCGCAGACGCCUGGCCAGAAAAGCGCGCGACUUCCUCGUCGGCGCGGUCGGUGUCAGUGUUUACAAUUGGGACCAGCAGAGAAUUCACGACAAGGAGCUUUACAGUUACAGUCAGGAGAUCGACGGCAUACACGAGUUGCGCGAUUGCACGACUGUCUGCCCUAACUGCCACUUGAGGCUCAUCGUUGACGCAGCUCGGCCAGAUGUACAGUAUUGUCAGUGCCCUAAUAGUAAAUAUGCACUCAACAAAGCCCAAGAAGAAGGCAUUGAUUGGUUACCAUUUUUGGAGAGGCAGGAUAUGCUUGUUUGGAGGAAAGAAGAACAGGGCCUUUAUGCAUACAAAGUAUAUGGAUCGUUUAAUGAUGUCACUGCGGAAGACUUGUUACAAGUUCAAAUAGAUAUUGAUUAUCGUAAAGAGUGGGAUACCACUGCUCAAAAGCUUGAAAUAAUUGAUACUGAACCUCUUACAAAAAAUGUACAAGGUAGCCAAACUGAAGUAGUAUAUUGGGAAAUGGUUUGGCCUCGAUUCUUUGCAAAUAGAGAUUAUGUGUAUCAAAGAAGAUGGCUAUAUGACAAAAAAAAAGAUGUGAUUAUUAUUGUUAAUAAAGGUGUGGACCAUCCAAAUGCUCCAGAUAGACAAGAUACUUACAGGGUGAAGACGUAUUGGUCUUGCAUGGUCAUAAAACCAUACAAAAGUAUUAGUGAACCAGGUAUUGAAUUUGGCUUGACAUAUUUUGAAGAUCCUGGAGUAAGCAUACCUUCUGCUGUCACAUCAUGGGUAGCAAUGUCUGGCUUACCUGAUUAUCUGUGUCGAAUGCGAGAGGCUGGGAAAAAUUAUAAAAGUUACAAAGCAUCAUUAAAAACUGAAAACAUUAAGACUAAAUCUAUCCAAAUUAAUGAUGAUCGAGAUAGUGAUAAAAGUUUAUUGUCUGUGAAUAAUGAUAUCAAACAGAUUGCUGUACCUGAAAAUUCUGAUUCUGAUACUAACACAAAAGAUCAAACACAAGAAGAUAGUAUACGACAGCCUACAAAAACUACAAGUGAAGAUAAUACUUCAGAAGGUAAUAAGACAGAAGAACAAGAAGAGAGUAGUGAUGCAGACUCUCAAGAUGAUUAUGAACCUGGAUUUCUAGAUUAUUUCUUCAGAGCUAAGUUAUUUGCAUAGCACAAAUAGUGAAGUGUAGAACAACAGAGAGAUUAUUUACAUCCAAAAUUAAUAAUAUUAUGUACAAAGAUGAUGACCCUCAACUGAUCAUUUCAAAAAAUAUAGUUACUAGUAAUCAGUUUUUUGCAUGUAUUAACUAUCUAACAAGUUAAUACCCUGUGAUAAUGACGAAUGUAUAUAAAGAAUACACUUUUUUCAAUCAAUUAUAUAUUUUAUGUGGCACAACCUUUUGGGUUAAAAACGAAUUAUGAAUGUAUAAUAGUAAACUGCCGUGAGUUGAAGAGGCAUUUUUACAAAUUUUAAUUUUUUCAUUGGAUUUACAUAUCUGUUAUAAGCCCAAUUGAUGUAAAUAUUCAUAUUGUAAUAUAGAUAAUUGUUUAUUUCUUAAAAUAAAUAACUGUAAAUGAUAUAC